AGUCACGCCCUGGUGGGAACCUUCACCUGUCACAUUUUGGGAUACACUGUUAAUCACAGACGGAUUCAAACAGUAUACUAUGCCCUAAUUGUGGAUUAUUGCUUCAUCUUUUUUAUUUUUUUUUAUUUUACUUUUCUACCAUCAAGACAAGAUGCCUUGACUCAAGGAACCACCAGUCGUCUGACACAAGUGUUGUAGUGAUUUUUUUCUUUUUUUUUUCUUCUAAAUGCCAGCUGAACAUCAGGUGGCGACAGACAAGGUUCCUGGUAGGCUGAGUUCUACUCUCUCAUGGGUGAAGAAGUCGGUGUCGCACACGGUCAGUCAGAUGGCUAGCCAGGUGGCCCCGCCCACGUCCCUGCCGACCUCCGCUUCCUCGCCGUCGUUGUCUUCGCCGUCCUCGCCGCCUCACCUCAGCCCCGAUGACGUGGAGCUGCUCGCCAAGCUGGAGGAGCAGAACAGGCUCCUGGAGACGGACAGCAAAUCCCUGCGCUCCAACGGCUCGCGGCGGAACAGCGGCUCCUCGCUGGUGUCGAGCUCCUCGGCCUCGUCCAAUCUCUCGCACCUGGAGGAGGACUCGUGGAUCCUGUGGGGGCGCAUCGUCAACGAGUGGGAGGAUGUGCGAAAGAAGAAGGAGAAGCAGCUCAAGGAUCUGGUCCGAAAAGGGAUUCCGCACCACUUCCGGGCCAUCGUGUGGCAGCUGCUGUGCAACGCCCAGAACAUGGCCAUCAAGGACCAGUACUCGGACCUGCUGAAGAUGACGUCGCCCUGCGAGAAGCUGAUUCGCCGCGACAUCGCCCGCACUUACCCCGAGCACGACUUCUUCAAGGAGAAGGACAGCCUGGGCCAGGAGGUUCUCUUCAAUGUCAUGAAGGCGUACUCCCUGGUGGACCGUGAGGUGGGUUAUUGUCAAGGCAGCGCCUUCAUCGUCGGGCUGCUGCUCAUGCAGAUGCCGGAGGAGGAGGCCUUCUGUGUCUUUGUCAAGCUGAUGCAGGACUACAGGCUCCGGGAGCUCUUCAAGCCCAGCAUGGCAGAGCUGGGCCUCUGCAUGUACCAGUUCGAGAGCAUGAUCCAGGAGGAUCUCCCCGAGCUCCACGUGCACUUCCAGGCACAGAGCUUCCACACCUCCAUGUACGCCUCCUCCUGGUUCCUCACCAUCUUCCUCACCUCCUUCCCGCUGCCCGUUGCCACCCGCAUCUUCGACAUCUUCAUGUGCGAGGGUCUGGAGAUCGUGUUCCGAGUGGGCCUGGCCAUCCUGCAGAUGAACCAGGCGGAACUCAUCCAGCUGGACAUGGAGGGAAUGUUACAGCACUUUCAGAAGGUCGUCCCACGCCAGCUGGACAGUGGCCCCGACAAGGUCAUCCAGGCGGCUUAUCAGUUCAAGUACAACGCCAAGAAGAUGAAAAAGUUGGAGAAGGAAUACACCACCAUCAAGACCAAAGAGAUGGAGGAGCAGGUGGAGAUCAAAAGGCUGCGCACGGAGAACCGCCUACUGAAGCAGAGGAUCGACACGCUGGAGAAGGAAAGUGCUUCCUUGGCAGAUAGAUUGAUCCAGGGACAAGUGACUCGGGCUCAGGAGGCGGAGGAGAACUACCUGGUCAAGCGGGAGUUGGCCACGGUCAAACAGCAGAGCGAGGAGGCCGGCGCUCAGCUGGAGCAGGCCAAGAAAACCAUCAGGCAGCUUCAGCAACAGCCGCAAGCGAAGGGGGCGCUACGCUGCUCGGAGGAGGCGUUGCUGCAGCUUGAGCGAGAGCUGGUGCAGGCCCGGCUGAAGGAGGCCGAGUCCCAGUGCGCGCUCAAAGAGAUGCAGGACAAGAUCCUGGACAUGGAGAAGCGCAACACGUCGCUGCCGGACGACACCAACGUGGUACGGCUGCAGGAGGAGCUGAUGGCCGUGACUGUGAGGGAGGCCGAGGCGCUCACGGGCCUCAAGGAGCUGCGGCAGCAAGUUCGAGACCUGGAGGACCACUGGCAGCGCCACCUAGCCCGGACGUCCGGCCGCUGGCGGGAGAGUCCUAAGAAGAACACGCUGAGCGAGCUGCAGGAGGAGCUGAUGAGCGUGCGGCUGCGGGAAGCCGAGGCGCAGGCCGAGAUGCGGGAGAGCCGACAGAGGAUGCUGGAGCUGGAGACGCAGAACCAAAUUCAUGGCAAUCAGCUGCGGCGAGCGGAGCAGGAAGCUCGAAGCCUUCAGGAGCGUGUUCAGACGUUGACGUCUCAGAACAAAGAUCUCCACUCGCAGCUGCAGGACAUCAAACGGCGACAAGCGGAGAGGGAAUGCGAGAGCAAAGAGGAAGUGAUGGCGGUGAGGCUGCGGGAGGCUGACAACAUGGCCGCCAUGGCCGAGCUGCAGCAGCAAAUCUCCGAGCUUGAGAUUCAGAAAGAAGAAGGGAAGGUGCAGGGCCAGCUGAACCACAGCGACUCCAACCAGUACAUCAGAGAACUCAAAGAUCAGAUCCAAGAGCUCAAACAUGAGAUUUGCUGCUUAAAAGGACAGCGCGGCGUUUCCUCCAAGCCGGCCGCCUUCGACGGCAUCCGCAUCAUCAACCACUACGCGCACCACCGCCGCCACCGCGAGGACCCUCACGACGACGGCCCGUACCUAUCUUCGGACGAGGACGCCGCCGAGGGCGGCGGCCGCGUCGUUCUCCAUCCCAAACUGGGCGGCACGGACAGCGAGGAUGAGGACGAGGAAGAAGAGGACGGCGAAGCUUUGAGGCUCUCCGUACCCGCCGCCGCUAACGUCGGAAAUCGCAGGUCCACCGCUGUGUGACGCAUGGAACUUUCCAGAUGGGAACCGUGGCGCUCAACACACGCGCAGGGAAGCUAUCGCGGUGACAGAGGCCACAGAGACGGGUGGGGGGGGGGGGGGCGGGGGGGCAGGGGGCGGGGCACUAGCUUCACAGAAAGAGACAACAACACAUUUUAGGCGAUAUCACACUUCAUUCAAUGGGAUUUUAUAUGAACAUUAUUUUAUAAACCAACAACUCGACUGUGUCUUUGUGUGUGUGUGUGUGUGUGUGUGUGUGUCCGUGUGUGUGUGUGUGCGCGUGCAUCUGUUUUGUCACUUUUUUUUUUUUUUUUUAAGAGGACAUUUUGCUUCCUUCCUGACCUGAAAGAAAUAACACAUUUCGCUGCGUUGAAAUUGACCCGGAGACGGGCCGGGAGAGGAAAAUCAACUGAAAUGGACCUCGGGGGCCUCCGUACCUCACAAAGACUGUACUGUUUACAGCAGGGGGUGGGGGGCAAUCAGUUGUCGUGGUAACAAAGAAGACAUCGCACAAGGAAGGGAAGGAGGGAGAUGUUUGUUUGUUUGUUUGUUUGUUUGCUUGUUGUGUGUAUGUUGAUUUCAGGACACUUUGUUGUGUUCCCAAAGUUGUUCCUCUUGUGUUCACUCCAUUUUUACACACGUGGACUUGGAAGUGCACCGUGACUUUGACCUGGACUUACUGUAGAUGUGGACUGGUGCCCGGACCUUGACUCUGACUAGGACCUGGAUCUGGACCUCAAUCGGGACUCUGAACUUAGACUCGUACAUUCGCUCGUCCGGCGGCUGUGAGGACCGUGUCGGCGUUCGACUCAUUUUUUAUUAUGAAGCACUUUGGGAGUCUGCAGUACAACACGCACACACAUGCGCACACACGGAAGUGAACUUGUUGGGUGCAAGGAGUUGACAAUAAAAUGUUUGCUGAACUUUUA